AUGUUAGAAGAACAAUCAACAAUUGGUUCAACAAAUGGUUGUCUAGAUGGUCCUGCCUCUACAGCUCUGUUAUCAGAACCCACUGGCAUAUGCUUUGAUCUGGACACUGCAAUUAUAUGCUGUUUUGGGGGCAGAUCGAAUGGAUGCAUCAAACUCCAUACCAGUGUCACAUUUGCUUGUGAGAUGAUGCUAAACAUAAGACAAAUUAAUGACUCAAUUGGAUUUCUUCCUAAGGCUAAACAAAAUGAGGUGAGGCAGCAACAAAAGAAAAUAGUGAUACCAUUCCAACAAGGCCUUCAUAAUCUUAUCAACUCAUGUGCAUACCUACAAAGCAUCACCAAUAAGCGACGAGAGUACCUGCAUUGUGCAACAGCUGGCCCUGAAGGAACAGAUCAUAUUUCCCUGGAUGGUUUUGCCGAGACGGUAAAUGCCUUGGAAACACAUAUGCAAGUUUUUGAAACCAUUGCUAUGGCAGACACCAUUAACAGUAUCAAUUUGUAUGCUUUGCUAAACGAGUCUACAAAAGAACAUGGCUUCGCAAAGCACAAACAGUCUGGGCAGUACAGACAUCCAACAAAGAAGCAGUAUGUCCAAAGCAAGGGACAGCAUGAAAUUGAAACAAUAAAAAAAACAUGCGAAUGCCCACAUUCUUAUCACACUAACACAUUUAGUGCUUAUCAACCAACACAUAGCUCCAACUUGGCUUCACCAGCAGUUGUUAGUCAAUACAAGAAAUGGAGUAAGCAGUUCCAUCCAAAAGAUACUACUCCAACUGCAGACAUCAAGACAGAUAUGAAGAAAGCGAGAAUGUUGAAUGUGCUCACAAAGGCAACUCCAACGCAAAAUAUUAGGGACUUAUAUCGAUACAAAUGUGGAUAUGGCCCAUGUGUCCUGUUUCAGAAGGAUGCUCUGUUAGAGGAUGGAAAUGAUGUCUCCCGCCAUUAUCCAGAUUUCGAGAAACUAAUGAAUGAUUUGACGGUAAGAAGAGGUGGAUGCAGAUCAACAGACAGACGAGUAAAGAGCGGUGAUUAUAUGGUGAUAUACUGAUUGUAAAUCCUGGUGUGAAUAAUAACAUCCCAAGUGCAGACAAGUGGUGGCUGCUGCAAGUUAACAAAGCACAUCAUUCAAGUAAAACAGGAAGUGCAUGUCCUGUCUAUGGGUUUUGGCUUGAUGAGCAGCUGCGAAGACAAGAUGACCAGGACUGUAGAGUCUUCAGUCUAAUCCAGUGAAGAUAUACUUUGGCAGCAUCAUUAAAAAUGCAGGAACAUCACUUGUUAUUUCAGCAAGUGAGAUUACAACAGGAUGGCGAGAUGGAAGAGUGAGUUAUGCAUUCUCAAAUGCAUAUUGUUCCAGGUUAGACCAUCUAUCAGACCAGCACCGCCAAUCACUGGAAAGCAAUGUCAGUGACACAGAAGAAUCAGAUUCUGCAACAGAGGAUGAGAGCGAGGAUGGCGAGAAUGCUGAAGAUCAUGAUGUAGAGCUUACAUUGUUAGCUAGAAAGCGAGUCAUCAGAAAUUCAGAUGGAAACCGGUUAACCUCAUACAAAGACCUGGCUGGAAUUGGCAGAACUUCUAGACGAGGGCCACAGAGACAACUUCUUGAAGUUGAAAAUCAUGAUCAACUAGUAUCUGCCCAAAGAGACAAUUCUGAAUUUGAAUAA